UUGCCCUCUCCCAUUCACCUACUCAAAUUAACAGAACCUGGCUACUUGCAAUCAAUUGGAUUUGACUGCGGGAGAUCUUAGUUAGCGAUUGUGACGAUGCUGUUGAAUCGAAUUGGUCUUUUUUCGUGCAAACAAUCGCGCAUUAUUAAUUUAGUAAAGCCGAUAACAAAUAUUCGGCCCUUCACCGUUACAUCCAUCAGUCGCAUUUUCCCUCCACCUCCACAAACCAUCCAAGGCACGGUGAAUGACGCUGUUGUCUUUCCACCACGCAGUAAAGCCCAUGGAAGCAUUCAUUGGAACUUUGAGCGCGUCAUCGCCAUAAUGGUUGCGCCACAGGUAGCCUAUGCUUUGGCCAGUGGUUCGAGUAAUGCUGUGCUGAAUGCAUUACUCGCUUGUACGCUGGUUCCUCACGCACAUUUGGGUUUUGAAUCUUGCAUCAUUGACUAUUUCCCAAAGCGUCGCUUUAAGGUGAUGUUUCCACUAUUGAUGUGGGUUCUCCGUGGUUUCACAAUACUCACAUUUUUUGGCUUAUAUGAAUUUAACUCAAACGACAUCGGAUUAUGUCAAGCCAUACGAAUGAUCUGGAAAUCUUGAGCUGCGUGCUUAACGCCUAUGAACUUUAAGUUCUACUGUUACGAUUAUGGUUUUUACGCUUAUUUUAUGACGGUUUCUUUUUUUUUUAUUCUGUUUUUAUGUUUAAUCAUUUGUGGUUUUCUUUCAAAGUUUGUUAUAUUCUUUCGAUAAUGCUGUUUUGUACUAUCUAUUUAACAUGCAAAAUGUAUGGAAGAUGGAUAAAUGGUGUCCGAGGAUGUCGAGAAUUUACUGAGUAUCAGGACUCUUUCGGCUAACAAAUCGUACAUGUCGUUUGUAACGUGAACUUCUUGGACUGCAUUGUGGCACUUGUUUCAAAUACAGAGUACAUCGUACUAAUCAGAGGCUAUGACGAAACUGCACCUGUUCUGGUAUUAUCUUCGCGAAAAGCGACUCAAUCGGAAAUAUUCUUCCCGUUCAAAUUUGGCCUCGGCGAAUCGUUCUCCUCAUUCUCCUCUCUUCUUCAGCAUUAUUUAAGAUGCUUCUUCACCGGGCCAUGCGCACUCUGCCGCUGAGUGGUUGAAGAGGUUUAUCAGAUGCGAGAUUGAUCUGCAUGGUGUGAGAUAACCGGGGACUGCGACAUUUGAGCUAUGAUAAACUACGCUUGUCGCUGACUUUUGUGUCUUUAUUUUUCAGUUCUCGUUUUAUUUUCCUUUGAUUUUGGUUUAAACCCGAGCUUUUUAGCGAAUUACUUCGACAUUUGAUUCAAGCACGGUAAUAGUGC